AAUCCCUUCUUCCAAAACACAACCCUUUUGCUCAAACAAACAUGGAUUCCACUUCCACAUCAACCCACAUCCUUAAACACUCCGAAAUCACCCACUCCACUGACUCAGAGCAUCAAAACAGAGCAACCGCCGAUGCCCUCUAUAAAUCCCUCGCCGCCGGCCGGACUGACGCGGUGGCGAAGUUCCUUGCCACCGACCUCGAGUGGUGGUUCCACGGCCCACCUCAUUGCCAGUACAUGAUGCGGGUCCUGACCGGCGAGUCCAGCCACGCCGAGUUUCGGUUCGAGCCGAGGAGCAUAACAGCCAUCGGCGACUCUGUUAUUGUGGCGGAAGGCUGGGAAGGGGCUCAGGUCUAUUGGGUUCAUGUUUGGACGUUGAAAGAUGGGGUGAUUACGCAGUUUAGAGAGUAUUUCAAUACGUGGCUCGUUGUGGCGGAUCUCCGGCAGCCGGCUUGGGAAGAGGUCCGUCAUGAUGGGCUGACGGUGUGGCAGAGCCACCCUCGGGAUCUGUUUCACCGCUCGCUGCCGGCGAUUAUGUUGGCACUGUAGUUUGUCAAAAGCCUUAAUUAUCUGUGAAAUAAUAUCAUCCAAUUCGAA